AUGAAGCGCAAAGCGCUGUCAAGCGAUGACGCUCUUUCGAAGAAGCGGAUCAUCUCCGAUAGUCAUGGCAGCAUUCAGUCUGCCUUUCGGCCGGACCUUUUCGAUGAAGAGACAAGAGAAAGCUUCCGCAAGGGCUACCAACAGGCCAAACCCUAUCCCCACGCUGUUGUGCGUUCGCUGAUCGAGGACUCCCUUCUGCGAUCCGUUCGCCAGGAGAUUACCACCCAUAUCCACUUCACCUUGAAAGAGACCGACAUCUAUCGUAUCCACCAAUCCGGUGACCUCGCGAACCUUUCGCACCUGGAUGCCGAAUCUCUGAAACACCUCCCGAGCCUAGUCCGUCUGCGAGAUGCUCUCUACAGCGCUGAAUUUCGAGAAUGGGUGGCGGCAGUCACGGGCGCUGGCAAAGUGUCUGGGAAGAAGACGGAUAUGGCUGUAAAUGUCUACACUCCAGGCAGCUAUCUGUUAUGCCACGAUGAUGUGAUUGGAAGUCGAAGAGUCAGCUACAUUCUCUACUUGACAGAUCCCGAGCAUCCGUGGCAGCCUGCAUGGGGCGGAGGCCUGCGACUGUAUCCUACAGACACCAAGAAGAACAGGCAGGGUGAAGACAUCCAAGUGCCACGCGCCGACUACAGUCUUAAUAUCCCACCCUCGUUUGGUCAACUGAGCUUCUUUGCUGUUCGACCUGGAGAGAGCUAUCAUGACGUCGAAGAGGUCUACCACGGUCCCAAUCUCGAAGCUGACGGAGGACGAAUACGCAUGGCCAUCAGCGGCUGGUUUCACAUCCCGCAGGAGGGUGAGGACGGUUUCGAAGAAGGUAUGGAACAAACGCAGGCUCAAAAAUCCAGUCUUGCGCAGCUCAAGAGUGCGUCGAGCGAGUUCGAUGAGCCACAGCUUGUUUUCCGUCACUUCGACGAGCCGAGGAUGGUCAUGGACAGUCAGGCGGCCAGGAGAGAAAUGGAUCCUGGUGACGAUCUGGAUACGGACGACACUAUCCUGAGCGAGCAAGACCUGACCUUCCUGUUGCACUACAUGACGCCGCAUUAUUUGACUCCGGACAUGAUCGAGGCAUUCUCAUCCUCAUUCGCCGAUAUGUCAUUACUGCAACUUGAACACUUCUUCAACCCAACAUUUGCUGCUAAACUCAAGGAAUACAUCUCCAAAGUUGAGAAUGACGAAGAUGACGUACUUGCGUCAUCAGCCCAUGCCUACCAUCCCUCUACCUGGAAGGUUGCUCGCCCACCUCACAAGCACCGGUAUGCGUACCUCCAGACCGACGAAGCCUUGCAUCGUGAUCAAUGUCCGAUCUCUCGCAUCUUGGCCGACUUGAUUCACUCACAUGCGUUCAAGAAAUGGCUGGCCCUUGUCACGGGUCUGAAGACAAAGAGCCUUAUUCGGCAAAGUGCCAUAGCUCGAAGAUUCCGCCGAGGGAAGGACUAUGCACUGGCACAUCCGUACCAAGGGGACGCACCGAAAUUGGAAUUCACGAUCUCCCUCACACCCACUGAAGGAUGGGAACGCGAAGACAAUGCCGGUGAAGAAGCGGAUGCAAGCAAGCAAGAAGAUGACAAGAAGGAAUCAAACGGGCGUUCAGAUCAUACGAAUGGCCACAGCGACAAAACCAAGGCCAAGGCAAUGGAAGUGGACAGUAUCCGAGACUCAAACUCAGCGGAAAUAGAGUUUGGUGGCGAAGAAAUAUACAUGGUUGGGGACGACGACGAAGAUGAGCAGCUGGCUAGCACCAACUCCGAGGCCCUGCCGAGCGUUGGCAAGAAGCCCUCUCACGACCCGGCAGUCUACAAAGAUGGAGACGACGAAGACGACGGCAUCCUCUUUACGAACGCGGCAGGCUGGAACAGAUUUGGCAUUGUGCUCAGGGACAAAGGCACGCUGAGAUUCGUGAAGUAUGUCAGCCAGGCUGCGAAGGGCGAUCGGUGGGACCUGAAAGGCGAGGUGGAAGUUGACUCAGCCGGUUGGGAUGGGGCGGACGAUGAUGAGGGCGAAGGUGAAAGUGGUGAAGAUGAAGACGAGAUAAACCGAAGUGAUCUGGAUGACGACGAAGACGAUGAAGGCGAAGACGACGACGGAGGAAUGUGA